UCAGAUUGUCAUUAUUCCCGGUUUAAAUUCUCGUGCAGUAAAUUCAUUGAGGAGCACACUUCAGAUUACCAUUAUUCCCGAUUUAGAUUCUCAUGUAGUAAAUUCAUUGAGAGACGCACUAUGUUUAUAUGGAAAAACGCUUAUACAAAGAAGUGGUUUUGUAUUUGUGCCUGUUAGAGGAACCACGAUGAAAAAAAUUAUCUGUGUUGAGAAUAGUUUGCUGCAAAAGAAAGUAUUGUUAAUGGGAUCAAAAACCAUCCACAGAUGGUAUAUUCAUCCCAUUCCUUAUGAAAUGACAAUUAAAGAUUUUUUUGUAAAACUUACAACUGGAGCGCUAUCUUUCGAAUAUAAUAUUGACACUAUAAACCCUGAAACAAUAGAACGCGUUGAGAUAAGCGAGAUACAGGACGCAACCACAACUCAA